AAGGAGCACGGUAGGAAGAGCCGGCAGAGGAGAUGCGGAGGCUUGGGCGCUGUGUGGGAGCGUGUGAGGCGGCGGAGCAGCGCACGGUGUCGCUGCAGGCUGAGGAAGGGCGUGUGGGCGGCUCCUUGGCGGUGCGGCGGAGAGCCCGGCUGUGAGCGCGGGGGGGCGGCUGGGGCCGGGCAGCGGAGCCGGGGCGUGCGGGCGGCGGCGGGAGCCGUGCGGGGCCCGUGCGGGGUCCGAAGGAAUCGGUGUGUGCGGCGGCGAUGGGCGAGUGUGCGUGGGGUGCGGUGUUGCGGGUGGUGGCGGUGCAGGCGGCGUGGGCGCUGUGCUGGGGGCAGGUGCGGUACUCGGUGCCGGAGGAAGCCAAGGCCGGGACGGUGGUGGGCCGUGUGGCGCAGGACCUGGGUGUGGAGGCGGGCGAGGCGGAGGCGCGGCGGCUGCGGCUGGUGCCUGGGGGCCGGCGGGCGAGCGUGGAGGUGAGCGGGGCGAGCGGGGCGCUGGUGGUGAGCUCGCGGCUGGACCGGGAGGAGCUGUGCGGCAAGAGCGCGCCGUGCGCGCUGCGGCUGGAGGUGCUGCUGGAGCGGCCGCUGCGCGUCUUCCACGUGGAGCUGGAGGUCACCGACAUUAAUGACAAUGCCCCCAUCUUCCCCGCCGCCCGAAAAAACAUCAGCAUUCCGGAACUGAAUACGCUCCCUGGGUCUCGUUUCCCGCUGGAGGGCGCGUCUGAUGCGGAUAUCGGAGCGAACGCGCAGCUCUCCUAUAGACUGAGCCCCAGCGAACAUUUCUCUCUGGAUUUACAAAAGUCGAAUGAGCGAAAUAUUGAACCCGAACUUGUUUUAACGAAACCUCUGGACCGGGAGACGAUGCCGGUGCACCAGUUGUUGCUGACGGCGAGUGACGGGGGCCGGCCGUCUCUGACAGGGACGAUGGAACUGGUGAUCUCAGUGCUGGAUGCGAACGACAACGCGCCCCAGUGUAACCAGUCGGUGUAUAAAGUGCAGCUGCCGGAGAGCACUGCAGUGGGGACGCUGGUGGCACGGGUGAACGCCACAGAUGCAGAUGAAGGAAUUAAUAGUGAGGUGACCUACGGCGUGACGAACUUCUUUCCCCCGAGUGGAAAAGAUGUGAUUUCCAUAAAUCCAAAGACGGGGGAGAUUCACCUGACGGGCGCCCUUGACUUCGAAGAAGUCAAUAUACUUGAUUUUCGUAUAGAAGCGAGAGACCAAGGGACGCCCUCGCUGUCGGGCCACUGCAAGGUGUUGCUGGAGGUGCUGGACGUGAACGACAACGCGCCGGAGGUGCGGGUGACGUCGCUGUCGGUGCCGGUGCCCGAGGACGCGUCGCUGGGGACGGUGGUGGCCCUGCUGAGCGUGUGGGACCGGGACUCGGGGUCGAACGGUCGUGUGCGGUGCUGGGUGUGGCCGUCGGGUCCGUUCGUUCUGGAGGCGACGUUGUCGGGGUCGUACUCGCUGGUGCUGCGGGAGUUGCUGGACCGGGAGCGGGUGUCGGAGUACGAGGUGGAGGUGCGUGCGGAGGACGGCGGUUCUCCGUCGCUGGGCGGCCGCGUUGGGCUGCGUGUGCCGGUGUCGGACGUGAACGACAACGCGCCGUCGUUCGCGCAGGCGGUGUACACGGUGCUGGCGCGGGAGAACAACUUGGCGGGCGCGGAGCUGGCGCGGCUGUGGGCGCGGGACCCGGACGAGGCGGGCAACGGGCGCGUGAGCUACUCGUUGUGGGAGGGCGCGUUGGGCGGGGGGUCGGGACCGUGGUGGUCGGGGACGUCGGGGUCGGUGGGGGGUGUUGCGGCGUCGAGCUACGUGUCGGUGGAGGCGGAGAGCGGCGUGUUGCGGGCGCUGCGGCCGCUGGACUACGAGGAGGUGCAGGUGCUGCAGUUCGAGGUGCGUGCGGUGGACGCGGGGGAGCCGUCGCUGUGCGGCAACGCGACGGUGCAGCUGUUCGUGCUGGACGAGAACGACAACGCGCCGGCGCUGCUGCCGGCGGCGGGCGGCGGGUCGGAGGCCGGGGCGGUGUCGGGGGAGUCGGGGACGCUGUGGGCGUGGGCGUCGUGGGGUUCUCCGUCGGGUCAGGUGGUGGCGAAGAUCCGGGCGGUGGACGCGGACUCGGGCUACAACGCGUGGCUGCGCUACGAGCUGUGGGAGCCGCGGGGCAAGAGCGCCUUGUUCCGCGUGGGGCUGUACAGCGGCGAGGUGAGCACGGCGCGGGCGCUGGAGGAGGCGGACGGGCCGCGGCAGAGGCUGGUGAUCGUGGUGCGGGACCACGGCGAGCCGGCGCGCUCGGCCACGGCGACGCUGAGCGUGUCGCUGGUGGAGGGCGGCGAGGCGGCGCUGGCGGCGGCGGCGGGCUCGUCGUCGCUGCUGCCGCGCUCGUUGGCGGGCGGCGAGAGCGGCUCUGGGCCGGCGGCGGCGGCGGCGACGAACGUGUGGCUGGUGGUGGCGAUCUGCGGCGUGUCGAGCCUGUUCCUGCUGGCCGUGGUGCUGUACGGGGCGUCGCGCUGGGCGCCGCGGGCGGCCGUGCUGUCGGGGCCCGGGCCCACGACGCUGGUGUGCGCCAGCGAAGUGGGCAGCUGGUCGUACUCGCAGCGCCACAGCCGGAGCCUGUGCGUGGCGGACGGCGCGGCCAAGAGCGACCUGAUGGUUUUCAGCCCCAACUUCCCGCCGCCGCCCGGCGCCGCGGCCAAGGACACGCAGCCGGAGCCUCCCUCUCUCCUCCACACGGUCAGUGACAAUCCCUUGCUCUUGUGUACUUGUUCCCUCCUCCCUCUGCUCCUUCUCUCCCGCCUCCUGGGCCGGCGUUGCCGGGAGCCGGGCUCAGUUCCCGCGGCCCGAGGGCAGUGGGUACUUGGCGGGCGCUUGAGGAUGUCAAUGGAUCUUUUGAUCUGCCUCCGCGUCCUUGCCGGAGUCCCCCGGCUCCUGCUGGUGGGCGGGCAGGACUUGCCAGAAGCAGAGGUGUAGCGACACCCCUUUGGGGUU